ACAAAAAGCCGCCGUACGGAUGGCAGGUCCAUUUCCCCUUAGAACAAAAAAAUAAAACCUAUUUCUCUAGGCUGCGCAACGGAUUUAAUAAAAACCUCUUCUACCUACCGAAAUCCCCCACCUCGCAUUGCAGACUUAGAGGAGAACGGGAAACUCCUCUUGCCUCGCUUGUUAGAUAGAGAGAGAGAGCUGUCGGAAUCCAUAGACCACAGCCUUGUUCCUCUAUUGUGGAAACAGGAUAAGAGAUAGAGAUGGAAGCCCAGGGACAAGCAAGGGUGGCGAUAAGCUCAAGGAGAUCAGCCUCGCGGUUCAGACGAGUGUGUGUGUUCUGUGGGAGUAGCCCCGGGAACAAGGCCAGCUACCAGCUCGCAGCCAUUCAGCUUGGCAAUGAAUUGGUCGAGAGGAACAUAGAUUUGGUCUAUGGUGGAGGGAGUGCUGGUCUCAUGGGUCAUGUCUCACAAGCCGUUUAUAACGGUGGCUGCCAUGUCUUAGGGGUAAUUCCCAGGACUCUAAUGCCAAGAGAGAUAACAGGAGAGACAGUAGGAGAGGUGAGAGCUGUCUCGGGCAUGCACCAAAGGAAGGCCGAGAUGGCACGGCAAGCUGAUGCUUUCAUUGCGCUCCCUGGUGGGUACGGAACCUUAGAAGAACUCCUUGAGGUGAUCACUUGGGCUCAGCUGGGGAUCCAUGAGAAGCCGGUGGGUUUGUUGAAUGUCGAUGGGUACUACAACGCCCUACUAUCUUUUAUUGACAAGGCUGUUGACGAAGGAUUCAUCACACCCGCUGCUCGUCACAUUAUUGUCUCUGCACAAACUGCCCUUGAACUAUUAUCGAAACUUGAGGAAUAUGUGCCCAGGCAUGAAGGGGUUGCACCCAAGCUCAAGUGGGAGAUGGAGCAAUUAGGCCACUCUCGCAAGCCAGACAUUGCCCGCUAACCAUCCAACUUGUAUACGUAACACCAUCUAUGAUGCAAUCUUUGUUCAAUAUUUUUUUCCCUCUAGUAUAACGACUAAGACACUUAUUAGCAAGCUAUCUGGCUUUUUUUUUUUUCUCAAGUAAUGACUGAUGGAUGUAUAAUAUCAUCCUCCGUUUGGAUUUUUCUUUCCUCUCAUAGAAAAUGUGCAA